AUGACCAAGAUGUUGUGCGGGUUGUACGCACUUAUCAUAGUGUGCUUGGCUGUUGUAUUCCCAGUCACCGAGGCCUUGACACAGAUAGAGAGGAACUUCAAGUAUUAUGUACAGAUAUUCCAGCUGUACAUCUUCCUGGUCUCCCUGGUGUUCCUGCUGUACGUUCACAUGUUUCUCCUCCGCCAAGGAGAGGGAGACAACUUCAACAAUAACAUCACGCUGUCUUCUCCCUACGUGGUCUCCGUACGCGACAUCAGCCAGCCACAGCAGACGACAGCCGGCGGGGGGCGGGACGAGAGCAGUAACGUCACGGAGGAGGAGUCCCCGACGUCCUCCAGUCCCGUGAACAACCUGAGGGAUGGCGUCUUGGAGACGGAGAUGCUGGGGGACGUGCCGUUUACAACACAUAGCGGAACGGCUGUCAAUUUCUACCUGCGUCUAGGAUCUAUAGUGUUUGGGAUAGGAAGCAUGAUCCACAAUGGUUUCCGCAUUGCUCAGUACUUCCAGUUUGACCGCGUGUUGCAGUGCGAGAGCGCCCUCUAUAUCGUUGUCAACGCACUCCACCUUUUCUUCACGUUCUUUCAGACAUUCUUCAUAUUCAAAAACCACUCGCUUGUGAUAAAAAAGCACAAAGCCUUUGUUCGGUUUGGUCUGAUUCACGUGGUGGCAAGCAACGUGAGCGUCUGGAUCUCGGCCCUUGUGUACGAAAUUGCCCAGGAGUACAGGUAUGAAACCUACACCCAACAGACGACCGGGAAGCUCCAAGGUACCGGAAGUACCAUGUUCGCUGUGGAAAACACAUCUUUGCCGAUGACAACUGCAUCAGAUGGCAAUUGCUACACGGAGAGAACGCUGGCAGACCUGGCGGCACCGUACCUAUACCCAUGCACAAUGCAGUACAGUUUCAUUGCCGCUGCCAUCGUGUACAAAAUAUACCAUGCGGUUGGAAGAUCGCCAAAGCUGAAUUCUCGCUGUAUCUCGCCUGAUCUCGCCGAUGACGCCGAUGGAACAUCUUGCCACAAGUCAAACCGGGGACUUUUCUUUGGAAUACUAGUUGGUGUGGGGACAAUUAUUGCUAUAAGCAUGUUUUUUGUUUUCUAUGAGAAACUUUCGGAUAAAUCUGUCUCGAUAUAUAUUUUCUACAUCAGUGAGUUGUCACUUCUGUUCAUCACAGGCGUCGUUCUAAUUUGCGCACAUUACAGAACGCGCGUGUUGCUGUUUAUUGAGUUAGAGGAUGAUAAUUUUGAUGGCGUUCUUCUGACAUCUGCUUUGUUUGGAGUAUAUGUGUACCACAUGUUCAUAAUAAUUGCCUGCAUACAAAGUUUAACAAGCUUCGACAUGUUUAUACUGCUUUCGUUGUGCACAUCAGUGCUUGAGUUUGUGCAGUCUUCGUGUCAGACACUGUUUCUACUGGACGGAAUGCGAAGACGGUCUGACAACGAUGAUCACGUGAUCAGAAAACCAGGACGAGCUCUUGUCACGUUUCUUCUCGUCUGCAACUUUGCCAUGUGGUCUGUGAAUACUUUUGCCGUGGAGCGGGUUCAGGAUGUCAACAAAUUGUACGUCGAGUUUUAUUCCUAUCUCCCUUGGAACAUCAUGGCUACCCUUACUGUUCCCAUGGUGAUCUUUUUUCGGUUCCUUUCUACCGUCUGCCUGUCGGAUAUUUGGCAUCGCGCUUACACCAAGGAUAAAAAUUCGUAACUUUGGGAUUGUAGCCUAUUUGUGUUAGAGAAAGAAAAUUUAAUUUUGAUGUAGUUGAACGUUUUAAUAUCAGUAGAUUCUGAGAGGGGGGGGGGUAUUUUAUUGUAAAGAAACCUAUUAUCUUGUAAAUAUGAAACUUUGCACUGGGCGUCUUAAACAGUUGACAGAUACGUAUACGUGACUUGGACUCAUUUUACUGGUGGAUGUUAGAUUACAUAUUUGUAAAACAGACAAAAAUAGUUCUCCCGACUCCGAAGGGACUCGAACCCUCAAUCUUCUGAUCCGAAGUCAGACGCCUUAUCCAUUAGGCCACGGAGCCGACAAUUUCAUUGAAAAUUGUUAUGCGAAAUCCAGGUUGAUGCUUCAAACGUAUUAAAUGUAACGUUGAAAAUAAAUAUUUCUAGUAGCAGAAAGUAGCAGAAACAUUGUUUUGUUCAUAUGAGUGCGAAAUCUUGUAAAAUUGUUUUUCUAACCAUAAAACAUCUAAUACAAAAUCAUCAUCAAAAGGACGAAAUAAAGAAGAAAUAGUUAUAUUUCUUAUUUUCCAAUGUGAAGAUGCAUUUAUUUUUUGGUAAUAAAAGCGGGAAA